CUGCAACUUCAUUGUCUGGCAGUCGUCUCUGUUCGCCAUGAAGCCUGCCAUGAGGAACUCCAUUCUGAAAAGGGCCAAUGCCCUCGGUUUGUCAUCCCAGACCUGGAAAGCUUCAAGCUCAUUCGGAUGCGGCUCCCAACUGCGCUUCCAUUGUGCUUCUCAGAGAGGAAUUCAUGACAUCUCAGCCAGAACUUUCGCUUAUCCCAGAUCAUUCAUUGCCAAUGCCGAUCCCUCAGCCAGACUGGGCAAACGAUUUGCCUCUUCCACUGCUUCGAAAUCUGCGCUGAACAAGACGGAGCUAUAUGACCUGCAUGUGGAACAUAAGGCUAAAAUGGUACCUUUUGCUGGGUAUUCCAUGCCAUUGCAGUAUGCGGACCAGAGCCAUCUUGAAAGCCAUCACUGGACAAGAACACAUGCGAGUUUGUUUGACGUGAGCCACAUGGUCCAGCAUCAUCUCAUUGGGCCUGGAGCGCGAGACCUUCUCAUGAAAAUCACUCCCUCAUCCCUCGAUAGCUUGAAAGAUAACCAUUCGACAUUAUCCUGUCUUCUGGACCAGGAGACUGGCGGUAUUGUCGACGAUACUGUUAUCACUCGUCUUGGGCCCGAGUCAUUUUACUUCGUUACAAACGCUGGUAGACGGAAGGAGGACCUGGAGUUCUUGACGAAUGAAAUCGAAGCAUUCAGGCAGACCCAUGACCCGUCAACUCGUGCCUCUGUUAUUCACUGGUCAAUUUUGGAUAAUAGAGCGCUUUUGGCUUUGCAGGGGCCAUCAAGUGCAGCUGUACUGCAAUCACUUGUUACACAAGGAGAGGCGUCUGUGGAGGGAGAUCUCACCACUCUCCACUUCGGUCAAUGCCGGCAAUUACACCUAGACUUCCCUGAUGGCUCUCAUACACCUGCUCGCCUUUUGAUCUCGCGAACUGGAUAUACUGGCGAAGACGGAUUCGAAAUUUCAAUCCCCACGGACCAUGACCCUCAUCUUCCACGUCGUGUUGCCGAACUACUGCUUUCCAACCCUGAGGUUCGCCUUGCUGGGUUGGCGGCGCGUGAUUCCCUCCGCCUCGAGGCCGGAAUGUGUCUCUAUGGACAUGAUAUCACCACAAAACAGACACCCCCCGUGGCUGGAUUAGGCUGGGUGGUUGGUAAAGAUCGCCGAGACCCAUCUUCACCGCUAUCAUCCUUCAAUGGCUCCUCCGUGAUCCUUCCACAACUCGCCUCUCCUGCUAAAACAUUAAAAGAACGACGGGUUGGCCUCACCAUCGAAGCCGGUGCUCCUGCUCGCGAAGGUAGCCCUAUCGUUGAUAUAAACAAUCCUGAUACGCAUAUCGGUAUCAUCACGUCCGGUUUGCCCAGUCCAUCCCUAAACGGUACCAAUAUUGCAAUGGGCUAUAUUAAACAAGGCCUACACAAGAAGGGGACCGAGGUUGGAGUUCUGGUUAGAAAGAAGCUGAGGAAGGCGACCGUUACUCCGAUGCCGUGGGUUGAGACCAAAUUUUAUAGAGGUUAAAACUCAUGAGAAGACUUCCUUUCUUCCUUUUCUAUCGCCUUGUACUGUACAUAUAAUGUACCCUUUCCAAGUUUUAUAUCCAGUGCGUUUGCUUGAAAGCGUGAGCGGUUGAAUGACGGAGCACGAUUCACUAUUCCUGGCCUCAACCCCCAACCCCCAACCCCCACCCCCUCUUACUCAUAUAAUCUUGACUUUGCAGAGGCAACGAGAAAAAGCAGUUCGGUAGCAGAUAUGUGAAAUGAUACCUUCUAAGCGCCGGAUGUUAUAUGUGCUAAAUCUGUUGUUCUCGACAAAUACAGUUGCGUAUAGAAGACAGAAAGACUGGGCAUAAAAUUCUAUUCAUAAUAGAGGUAUGGAAGGUCGAAGGGCU